GGAGCCUGCACCGGGGAGUAGGUGGUUACGUAAUCUCGACGUGCGCCUGUGAUUCAGAGUUACUAUGCACUUGCAUUGACGGUAAUUUCCCCAGGAUACCGUAUCCCGGCAACAGCCUCCCGGGCUAGUAGGAAAUGUCAAAUAUGGUGUUAUCAAGCAGCAUUAGUAGCGGCCGUUAUGUCAAAGCUUCUCGGCUUGGAGUUGCACAGGACGCCAUGCCAAUUGGGCUUUUCGGACGUGCUGGGCCGAACGCCUUAGCUAAUCGUCAAUUUGCGUCGACAUCCUUCGCGAGAACCAGCAAUUUGCUUUGCCGAAAGCGGUUAUCGCCGGGAAACGUCGCGGUCGCAGCCGCCCAGGUUGCUCCCGCGUCGUAUGCUCCCCCGAAGGCAGAAUGUGUGGAGCUGGAGGUGCUUGGAGGCAGGCAGCCCAUCCGGCUUGAGACCGGCGAGAUCGCCCGGCAGGCGGGCGGCGCGGUGAUGGCGGUGUGCGGUGAGACGCAUCUGCUGGCCACCGCCUGCUGCUCCGCUGCGCCCGUGGGGGACGGCUCCUUCGUGCCCCUCACCGUCAACUACUCGGAGCGGUUCAGCGCGGCGGGGAGGACCAGUGGCGGCUUCGUGAAGCGCGACGGCCGCCCGCGCGACAGCGAGGUGCUGGUCAGCCGCCUGGUGGACCGCCCGCUGAGGCCCAUGUUCGCAAAGGGCUGGGCGAACGACACGCAGGUGUUGGAGUGGGUUAUGUCGUACGACGGUGUCAACGAGCCCGAGCCACUGGCCAUCACUGCGGCUGCGGCAGCGCUGCUCAUCUCAGACAUCCCCCUCAAGAAGGCCGUUGCGGGGGUGCGGGUAGGGCUGCUGCCGGAGGUGGGCCUGGUGAUCAACCCCACCGUGCAGGAAAUGGAGGUCAGCCGGCUGGACCUGAUGAUGGCCGGCACGCGGGAUGCCGUACUCAUGAUUGAGGGCUUUUGCGACUUCCUCACGGAGGAGCAGCUGAUAGAGGCCCUAGCCCUCGGCCACCGAGCCAUCGCCUCCCUGUGCGACCAGAUGGAGGUGUGGGCGGGGCGGGUGGGGCGGCCCAAGCGGGGAGACGCGGUGGUGGGGGUGCCGGAGCAGCUGCAGGAGCGGCUGAUGGGGCUGGUGGGCGCGCAGCUGAGGGAGGCGUACAGGACCUCCCUAAGCAAGGAGGUCCGGGCGACGGCGGUGGCUGCUGCCACAGCCAAGGCCACGGAGGCACUAGCAGCAGCGGCGGAGGGGGAGAACGGAGCAGCGGUGUCGUACACACCCCUGCAGCUCAGCAUGGCACUCAAGUCCGUCGAGAGCCGCGUGAUGCGGUCUCUGGUGCUGGAGGAGGGGGUGCGCGCGGACGGGCGCGGGGUGGGGGACAUCCGCCCCAUCAGCUGCAGGGCGGGGCUGCUGCCGCGGACUCACGGCAGCGCGCUGUUCACACGCGGGGAGACGCAGGCGCUGUGUGUUGCCACGCUGGGCAGCGGCAGUGACGCGCUGCGACCCGACAGCAUGCGGAAGGUUGAGGCGGAGGAUGCUGACUCGGGUCGCUUCUAUCUGCAGUACCACUUCCCGCCCUCCUGCGUGGGGGAGACGGGACGUGUGGGGGCGCCGGGUCGUCGCGAGCUGGGCCACGGUGAGCUAGCCCAGCGCGCUCUGGCUCCCGUGCUGCCGCCCCUCGCCUCCUUCCCGUAUACCGUACGGCUGGAGAGCACCAUCACCGAAUCCAACGGAUCCUCCUCCAUGGCGUCCGUGUGCGGGGGCUGCCUGGCACUCAUGGAUGCGGGUGUGCCCAUCUCUCGCCCCGUCGCGGGUAUCGCCAUGGGCCUUAUCCUGGAACAGCAGCAGCAGCAUGAGGCUGCGCCCCCCCCCUCCUCCCCCCCUGUCGUACGUCACGUGGUGUUGUCCGACAUCCUGGGCAGCGAGGAUGCGCUGGGUGACAUGGACUUCAAGGUGGCGGGCGACGCGGAGGCCAUCACGGCAUUCCAGAUGGACAUCAAGGUUGAGGGCAUCACCCUAGACAUCAUGACCGCCGCCCUGGCCCAGGCGCGCGAGGGCCGUCGCCACAUCCUGAGCCGCAUGCUGGCGUCCUGCCAGCCGGCCCCCGCGGGGCAGCUCAGCCAGCAUGCACCCCGGGUGGUGCGCAUGAAGAUCGACCCCUCCAAGGUGGGAGCUGUCAUCGGCAGCGGCGGCCGCACUAUCAAGCAGCUGCGGGAGAGCACCGGGGCGCUGGAGAUCAACCUGGACGAUGAGGGCACGGUUGACGUGUUGGCCCCCAGCGAGGCCUCCGCCUCCCUCACGCAGGAGUUCAUCCAGCUGCUGGCCGGGGACCCGGAGCCGGGCACUGUGCUGAGGCAGCGGCCGGUGGUGUCGCUGGCCGCCUUCGGGUGCUUCGUGGAGAUCUGCCCGGGCAGACAGGGUCUGGUCCACCUGAGUGAGCUGUGCGAGGGCCAGGUGGCGGACGUGGGCGCGGUGGUGCGGGUGGGGCAGCUGGUGGACGUGAUGGUGCUUAACAGCGAGGGGGGCAAGGUAUCUCUCAGCCGCCGCGGCGUGGAGGCUCACGACCGCGGGGAGGUCUACCCCAUCAGGAGGGCGCCGGUGGCAGCAGGGGAGGGCGCAGCCGCAGGGGCAGGAGAAAGGAGCAGCAGCAGUGGGAAUGGGAGGUAUGGGUCGAUGGGUGGCGGGAGAGGGGCGGGGCGGGGAGCGGGAGGCGGGCGGGGAGGAGCGGACCGCAGCCGGCGGUACUGAGUGUGCAGCGGCGGAGGCAGGGAGGGAGGAGGUAGUAAAACAUACUGUCUACAAGAAGCUGCUGUGAAACACCAACCGUGACCCUAGCAAGUCCCUAUGAUGAUGAUGAUGACGACGAUGAUGGCAAUGUGGAAUCGUAGCGGGUGCCUAGCAACGGGUUGUGCGUCGGAGGAGCUGCAGGCCGGGGCUGAUGGCGUGGGGCUGACACACAGAAGCGUGGGGAGGUUGUUGGGGGCGGAGGUUUGGCUGGCGUGUAAGGGGUUGCGGAGAAGAGGGGCCAGCGGGUUUUGUGGCGACCGUGGCUAUCUGGUUUUGGGGUUUCUAACCCAAGGCUGCUGCUGCUGCUGCGUGUUUUUAAACCCCAAAAGCCCUCGGCACGUAUAUAGUGCUGUAUGCGCGCGACGGCAAAUGGUCUCUCCCAUGCUCCUUUUAAGGGAACCAGUGUAAGAGUCAGUGUAAGGGUGAUUCAUUCA